AUGCAGCAGCUGCUGGCAAGCUCGCGCUCGGCGGUCAUGGUCAAUGGGAUCCCUGGCCCAUGGAAACGUUGCCGCCGAGGACUUCUCCAGGGAGACGCACUAUCUCCUUACUUGUUCCUGCUCGUGGCUGAUGUUCUUCAAAGACUGAUCAAAGCAGAUGACAAUAUGAAGGCUCCUGUCCAGUAUUGCAAUAUGUAG